AUGACAACCUCAAACUUUUUAAAGAUAACACUUUCUUUAUUCAUAGUUUUACUUUUUAGUUCGUAUCUAUGUUCUGCUUUUGGUAUUGUAACACAAAGAGUAUGUCUAUCAAACAUAUGUGACGUCAUUCAAAAACUAAAUUAUUUUAAAGAUGAUGAUUGUCCAAAUGGAGACUAUACAACUACAACUUAUAUAAUUGGAACAUGUACAAAUAAUCAUCACAGUAUCUUUGGAUGUGAUGUUCAAAAUAAUACAGUCACCGAGAAAUACUUUUUCCAAAACCCUACUACUUGUCAAGGUGGUUAUUUUCUAUUAAACUAUACAAUUGGCGAAUGUGUUAAAGAUGUUCUCUACAAUUGUCAUACUAUCCUUUAA